AUGGCCGAAACACAAACCCCCCUCGCGGCCGUCAAGGUUGAGGCCCUGGUGGUGAUGAAAAUCAUCAAGCACUGCAACCAGACUUUCCCGACUACCGCGACCGGUUCCCUCGUCGGAAUGGACUUUGACAGCAACCUCGAGAUCACCAACUCUUUCCCUUUCCCCGUUGUUGAGAUGCCCACCGAGUCGCACUUCGACAACGCCUCCCCGAACCCGGCCGCCGCCGCUCCCCGUGCUAAGGGCAACGCCGCUUACCAGGCUGAGAUGAUUCGCAUGAUCCGUGAGGUCAACAUUGACGCCAACAACGUCGGAUGGUACACUAGCGCCAACAUGGGCAACUUUGUCAACAUGAACGUGAUUGAGAACCAAUUUUACUAUCAGAAGGAGCUGAACGAGCGGACAGUUGCGCUGGUUCACGACGUCAGCCGCAGCGCCCAGGGUGCUCUCAGCCUACGCGCCUUCCGCCUUUCCGCUAAAUUCAUGGAAGCUUUCAAGGAGAACAAGUUCAACUCCGAGGAGUAUGUGCCAUUCUUUCUUCUUCUCUCUGUGUCUCUCUGUGUUUCCAGAGGUUACAGAAUUUAUGUACUGACUGUCUCACUACAGGUUGCAAAAGUCCAACAUCCGUUACCAAGACAUCUUCGAGGAGCUCCCCGUGGAGAUCCACAACUCGCACCUGAUCACCUCCUUCAUCCACCAGCUGCAGAACCCCGCCCCCUCAAGCUCGACCGACCUCCCCCCUCGCUCGCUGCUCUUGAGGCCGGCCCCUUCAACAAAUCCAACACCCUCACCCCCAACUUCGACAACCUGUCUCUCAGCAUUGACCCGUUCCUGGAGAAGAACUGCGAUCUCCUGCUGGACAGCAUCGAGGCCCACAACACCGAGGUCAACAACUACCAGUACUACCAGCGUGUGCUCGGUCGCGAGCAGACCAAGAUCAACAACUGGAAGCAGAAGCGCGCCCAGGAGAACGCCACCCGCGCCACCCUCAAGCAACCCCUGCUCCCCGAGGACGAGUGGCAGCGUCUGUUCAAGCUCCCCGCCGAGCCCAGCCGGUUGGAGAGCAUGCUCAACACCCGCCAGGUGGAGCAGUUCUCUCGCCAGGUCGACAGCUUUGUUUCUUCGACUACCGGCAAGAUGUUCGCUGCCAAGGGCAACUUGCUGCCUGAGACUGCGAACUAA